AGGAAAGAAUGUAGGUGAAGUACUAGUUUAAAAUUGUAAAGCCAUCGUGUUCAGCGGAAAGAGCAGAGAGGGAGAAGCUUCGAGACUCUCAAAUGGAGAACCCCAGCCGUCGUCCGGUUGACGACCUUCGCCUUUAUUUGCCUUCGUCACCGUCGGAGUUCAUAGUCACUGUCACUGUCUCCUCCACCGUUCAAGCGGAGAGAGCAGAGGGGGGGAAGCCUCGAGACUCUGAAAUGGAGAGCCCCAACCGUCAUCCGGUUUGCGUCGUUGACCUUCAUAUGUGUUUGCCAUCGCCGGUGUUCAGAGUCCAUGGCUCCUCCACCAUUCAAGCGGAGAGAGCAGAGCGGGGGAAGCCUCGAGACUCUGAAAUGGAGAGCCCCAACCGUCAUCCGGUUCGCGUCGUUGACUUUCGUAUGUGUUGGCCACCGCCGGUGUUCACAGUCCCUGUCUCCUCCACCAUUCAAGCACAUGACAAUAUAUCAGGGAUGCCUCCGGAUGAUGUUGUUGAAAUCGCAUAUAAUGUUUCGAGAGACUUGGAGAUAAAAGAUUGGAACAGUGUUGGAGCUCCUGGUCGCGAUGAAGAUGAUCGCCCUUCGCAAAACAUUUUAAAUUUUGGGAAUUUUAUUUAUAAUGGGGGAAGUUUUGCAGGCAAUAGCACCGGCAGUAUCAACGGUAACAAUAACCAGUAAGGUCGGCUUUAAUGUGGAAGAAAUUCUGCGCAAGUAUAUUCGCUAUGCUCUGAAUGAGAAACCAUUUAACCCUGAUGUGGUAGCUGAUUUAAUUCAGCUGAGGAGAGCUUCUAUGUUAAAUGACUCCCAAGUUGCGGAGAUUCUGAAUGAAAUCUCACGACGAAUUGUGCGAGACAAAGGCCCUGUAGUCAUGGAUGCAUCAGGCUAUACAGAGAAGAGUUUCAAGAGAAAACUUGCUGUUCAGGCUCUUUUUG